UUUAAGCUUUAAUUCAUCUUUUUUCUUGUUUUGGAAAGUACAAACAAUAAUAAAUUGGUGAAAGACAUAUAAUCCCACCAUUGUUUCCUCAAACACUUUUGACGAAAAAGAAAAGAAAGAAACGCAGAGCAUAAAUUCAGGCUCAACGAAUUUCUAAAAUCACAAAAAUCGCAAAAUCCUGACCUCCAUCGAUUUUUAUUUCUGAAUUACCCAAAACACCCAUUAUUUCAAACAAUAACCGUCCACUCGUUUCCGUACCAAUCGUGUCCUUUCUUGUAAUUUCAUGUCGUUCUCACUCUAUAAUCCACUCCUUCCAAUUUCUCCAAUUUGUAAGAGGAAAAAAAGAAAAAAGUGAAACAAUGAGUGGCGAAAACGAACCAAGCUCUCCAAUUUCUCCAUCAACUCUUAAACAAAAGCUGAAAUCUUCUCUUCGUCUCCCAUGGCUUCGCCACCAUAUCCACCAUCAUCAUCACCAUCAACGCAUAGCGCUAAGUGCUUCAACCACUCCUGCUCCGACCCCUAGUCCAAGCCCUAGGGAUGACAACCAUAACAAGCCAAGGCUAAGCAGGACAUCUUCUUCUACAUGGCUUAAGUCGCCGGAGUUAAAAGACAAGUGUCGUAAUUUGAUUAACCGCAUUGGACAUGGACAUGGUCCUGGCCACCGUCAUAGCCACAAUAAUGGUCAUGGUCAUCACGGCCAUGGCCAUGGGAGACGACACUCGGCGGAUUUUCGAUAUGAUCCGUCGAGUUACGCGUUGAAUUUUGAUGAAGGGUGCGACGAUAGCCAACUCGAUGAGUUCCCUUUCAGAAACUUUACUGCUAGGUUGCCACCAUCUCCUACUGCUACAACUUCUAGGGAAAUCACGGCUUAUACUUAAAAACAAAAGAUUUGGGUGCUUUAAUGGGUUUAUUAUGUCCUUUUUUUUUUUUUCGAAUUUGCAUGGAAAAAUGAUGGCUUAGUAAGGAUAUGGUGGUAGGGAUUUUUAUUGUUUAAAAAAACUGGAAUUGUAUAUAUAUAUAUAUAUAUAUAUUUCUUUGGUUGUUUUCUAGUUCAUUAGUUUUGAGUUAAUCUGAUUUGAAAUUCUGGGAAUUAUUAAUAGUUAAUGAAUCCUUGUCUUAAUGGUACGAGGAAGAGGGUUUGGGCUGUUUAAACUUUAAGUUUGAAUUUUAA